ACACACACAGAGAGAGACAGAGAGAGGACUUUCCUUUUCUUUUGUGAUGUAUGUGUGAAUGCUGUCAAAAGAAGAGAUGGGAAACUUGACAACAACUGUAGGUUUUUCAGUCUUUAGCUUCUGCUUUUUGUGUGGAGACCCUAAACAAGGAGGGUGGAUGCAAAGCUAGGAGAACUACAGGAGAGCUUCUUCCUUUUAUGUGUGAAUUAGAUUUCAGUAGUUUAGCUUCUGCAUGGUUAUUGAGAUUCCUUUCCAAACUUUAGCCGAAGUAUAUAGCAACACUAUAUAGGAAGACUCCCUAGCUUGUAUUCUCCUGUGCAAGUGUUGACCCCCAAUAGAAAGAGCUUUCUUUGGUGAUUUUGGUCUCUCAUAUAUAGAUGGGUAACUAUAGGUUUAGAUUAUCCGACAUGAUGCCCAAUGCUUGGUUCUAUAAGCUCAAGGACAUGGGAAACAGGGGAAGGAAGAGCCAGACCAUCUCACAUUCCAUGAGGAGCUACCCUACAAGGACAUCGCCACCCACACCACCAAAGCCCCUCACACCCCAAUCCCCACCACCCAAACAAGGAUUUCUCCCCAGCAGAGCCUCCUACUACAUCUCUAGCAGAGUUGAAACAGAAAAGCCUCCCAAUUCUCCCUUCCACCCCAAGACCUCUGACACCCACUUCCCCGUAGACCCUCCAAGGAGAUCCAAGAGAAGAAGCCGAAGGAAGGCCAUCAAUUCUCCCCCCACCACCAAGGUGGUCACCUCCUCUAUCUCAGCCGGUUGCAGCUGCCGAGUGCGGAAGUCCGAGGCUGCAACCGACUUCCCGGCAGCCGCCACAAAAAGCCCGCCGUGCCACCGCUACCACUGCAUCAACGGCGAUGACGAUGAUCUCCACAAGUCUAUCAUCAGUAACAAAUUGGAAUUCGAUGGUUUCGAUGGUAUCGCCUCAUGGUCACAUUCUUGCAGCUGCAAGGUCACUUCCUCUGCAACCGAUAUAAUCAUUGACAUGGGCACCAAGAGCUCCAUUAUUCGAAAAGGUGACAAGGUCAAUGGCUGCACCGUGGUCUCUGAGCUCCAACUCCCCCCAAUUCUAACAAAACCGGGGAAGAAGGAGGCAGAAGAUGAUAAGUUGGAUGAUGGCAAUGUGGAUGCAAAGCAGGAGGCCUACCAUAAUGGCAGUUCUCUCAAGGAGCAGAGCAAGAGCCCGGUGAAGAAGUCCCAACCGGGACUUCAUCGGCUUAGGAUGCGCGCAAACUCUCCAAAGCUCGUCAGCAAGAAGGUGCAGGUCCAGCGUGGCCGGAAGAGCGGCGGGCUGGCGAUGACGGCAACCAUGCAGAAGAAGGGACUACAGCAGAGUUUCGCCAUCAUUAAGUCAUCAUCAGAUCCUCAGAGGGAUUUCAGAGACUCGAUGAUGGAGAUGAUUGUCGAGAACAACAUCUGGUCUCCAAAGGAUCUGGAGGAGCUUCUGGCUUGCUACUUGUCGCUGAAUUCGAACGAGUAUCAUGAUUUGAUCGUCAAGGUAUUCGAGCAAAUUUGGUUUGAUCUCACUAAUAUUAGAUUGUAAAAGAAGUAAGAACAGAGUCCCCGAGCGUCGGAUUUGUACGAAACUGUAAAGAAUAAGUCGUUGUUGCCGUGAAAUGGAAUUCUCCCCCGCUACAGCUUCUUUA